CAAUCAACGGCUACUCCCUUCGGUUUAAAGACUAUCGCACAAUCAUGCAGCGCGUCAUCCUCAUCCUAGCUGCAGUAGCAGCACUCUUCACCUCCAGCUUCGCAUGGAGCUUCCCAUCCAGCUUUCCCAUGUACAGACGGGAGUCCAUCGAACCAGGCAGCCCUCUGUACGAAUGCCAUGCCGAUUGCGGCGGCGUAAUCCUCAUAUCCCAAGACAGCAGCAACGCAACCUACUGCAGCAACUCGACCUACAAAUCCGAGCUCAGCGACUGCCUGAAAUGCGCCCUAACCUACAACAUCUGGCAGUACUACGGCAGCGACGUCAAGUCCGCCGCCGAAGCGUGCGGCGAUAGCGCCACGCCCAGCGCCUCGUCUGCGACUGCUAGUGCUACUGCUGUGGCGAAUUCAUCUGCAACUAGUGCCGGGGCGAGAGUUACUGGUGUCUCGUCUGCUGGCGCGGGUGCUUCUGCUUCUGCGUCUCCGACCUCGUCGUCGGUGUCUGGUGGUGCCGCCGUCUCGUCGGGGAGUGUGGGCGGUGUGAUGCUUGCUGCUGUUGUUAUUGUUGGGGGGGUUGUUAUGGUUUGA